AUGAUGUCCCUGCGAACACUUGCGCGCUCUGCGCCGCGCACUGCGGCAGCCACACGGCUCAGCGUCAUUCCGUCAGUCCGGCGUUGCCAGCCGCUGGUGUCGACAGCCGCUCGUCUGCGGCCACAGCAGCAGCAGAUGGCGGCGGCCUUCUCGACAGCCCGCACGUUCCGCGCGCCGGCCAAGACGGAGAUGGACAAGGAACUGUCGUCGAAGCUGGACAGCGAGAUCAAGUUUGAGACGGAGAUCCGCGAGAACGAGCCAGAAGCGACGAGCGUCAAGGACUUUUUGGAGAGCGGCCUGUUUGAGAUUGAAGACGUUCCAGGCCGUGAGGAUGUGGUCCUGCGGCGGACCUAUGGCGAUGAGAAGAUCUCGGUCACGUUUUCGGUCGCCGACUUGGCCAACUACGACCCCGAGCUGUACGAUGAGGACGGCGCGCUCGCGGAUGAGGACGAGGGCGUCAGCGGUAGCCACAAGAACGAAGCGGCUGCCGAGGGCGAGGAGGGUGAGGAGGACCUCGAGGCCGAGUCGGAGUCGGCCGCUGUGCCGGUGCGGCUGGCCAUUGUGAUCGAGAAGCCGGGCCACGGCGCCAUCAACGUUGAGGCCACGGCCCAGGACGGCGCUCUGUUGGUUGACAACCUGUACUACUACAAGGACGCGGCGCUGGCCCACGAGGCCACGCCCGAGGCUGCCCACGCGGCUCAGGAGGUCUACCCUGGUCCGGCUUUCGGCAGCCUCGACGAGGACCUGCAGGUGCUGCUGGACCGCUACCUGGAGGAGCGCGGCAUCACCCAGGCCCUCGCCGUGUUUGCGCCCGAGUACCUCGAUGCCAAGGAGCAGCGCGAGUACCUCGGCUUCCUGCAGAACCUCAAGACGUUUGUCGACGCUUAG